GCCCGGCUGUACCUCCCUCCGUCCCGCAGCUGCCCUGCACACGGGCUCCACGGCUUUGGAAGUUCUUUCCGGGCACUGAGUAAACCGAAAGGGGAGUUUUGUUGGUAAUACGCCUGUGCUGAUGGUCUCGGUUUUAAGAGUCUUGGCUUCUUGUAACUGGUGGAUUCACUUUCUGAAGCGAUUAAUUAAUACCGUGUGACGUGUGGGAUCUGCAGAGUAGCCCUGUCCUCCUGAGGCCGCUACUUUUCAGUGUGUUGCUGCUUUCUAGAGAUGAAGUACUAGAGUUGAGAUAUUAAUGACUGUGUGAGAAUCCCUUUUCCUCAGAUAAAGCAGCUAUGCCUGUUCAGUUGCUGAAAAUCAUUAAAGGACAGUCUGAGAUUCCACUACCAAGCCAUUUGCAGAAGGAGAAUUUGCAACAUUUGCAAGAAGGCCGUGAUCACACCAACAAAUACAUUCAGGGAAUAGUUACUCUUUCCUAUCCAUUAACAAAACUCAGAGAUGGAACGGACUUUUUCAAGAUUGUUCUUCAAGAUUCGGAUAACUUGUGUUCCCAGAUCAACAGCAUCAGUGUUUUAAUAUAUGGAAAAAUGGCAGAGGAUUGUGCAAAAAUUAUACACCAUGGGGAAACCAUGAUAGUUGCAGGAUUUAAGGUGAUAAAAUUGCCUACAGCGAGAGAGGAUGGUAGACAUGAGUGUCACCUGGAAGUGUCUGAAGAAGCUGGAUCAGCCAUUUAUAUUUGCGUUAAAGCAGGAACAACGGCUGCAUCAGAAACUGCAUCUGUGUCUGUUGCUCCAAAAUAUGUUUAUACUCCACUCAAUCAUCUAAAAGAUGGAACUAUAGUGAACUUGUAUGGCGUUGUGAAAUUCUUCAAGCCUCCAUAUAUUAGCAAAGGAACUGAUUAUUGCUCAGUUGUAACACUGGUGGACCCAUCAAAUGUGAAGUUAACAUGCAAUCUUUUUAAUGGAAACGUAGAUUUUCUACCAAAAAUUUACAAAGUUGGAGAUAUUGUUCGAUUUCAUAGAAUAAAGAUCAGGGAAUACAAUGGACAGAUGCAGGGAAUUACCAGUGGGGGAUUUGCAUCCUUAACAUUUGAUGGAACUGUAGGAGCUCCAGUAGUUCCUCGAGCUUCUAGCAGAGACUACACUUUCCUGGAUGAAGAACAGAAAACAAUAGAAGAAUUGCGUAUUUGGGCAGCCAGUAAUAUUUCCAUCUCUGGACCAGCAACAAAAUUGUCUGGUGUUGAGCCAAUGCUGUUCUUUGAUCUUACGUGCCAGCUGGUAGGAAAAGCAAAAGUGGAUGGAUCUUCUUUUCUUCUAAAGGUUUGGGAUGGCACAAAAUGUCCCUACCCCACAUGGAAGGUGCCUGUGGAAGCAAAAGAUCUGGAAGGGGAAAAAGUUCUUCUUCAUCAGCUGAGAGAUCUAUCAGUGGACAUUCUAGUCUAUGAUAACCAUGUACACCUGGCAGAAUCACUUAAGAUUGGAUGUUUUCUGAGAAUUUACAGUAUUCAUACGAAACAAGCAAGUGCUGAAAAUGAAGAUGUCUCUCAUAUAGAAUUUCAUCUUCAUGGUGGCACUUGUUAUGGUCGAGGAAUAGGAGUCUUGCCAGAAAGUAACCCAGAUGUUAAGGAACUAAAAGCAUUUUUAGAAUCUGUGGAACUGACAGAGAGUCAGGAUAUGGAAAGCAUGUGUUCAAUGGACAUGGAUAGCACUUUUGGCAAUGUUACAGAUCUUGAAUUGCACUUACAGAGAUGUCAGCAGCUAUCUGUUACAGUAUUAACAGAUCAUCAGGAUUUGAGUAACACAGAACUGAAAACCAUAACAAACAGCACAGCACCUCAACAGUAUCGCAUUAGAGCAAAGCUGAGAACUUAUAAACCCCAAAAGCUCCAUCAGUCUGUUAAACUUCAUUGUUCCAAAUGCAACUCUUUGCAAGAAGUUCCAGAUAGAGAUGACUUUGACUCCAUUUUACGUGGCUCUGCCAGUACUGCCCCAAACCCAGAAUUACACAGUACAUCCUGGUAUGAAUCUGUAACAUGGACUACACAAGACCAGAAGCAGAGGGAAAUAGCCAUCCAUUUUGUGAAGCAUGAUGAAAUGCUUCAACAUCCUGAAGACACCUUGCUUAUGAUAGAAGGUGGAACUCUGAAAGAAAUCUGGAAGCUUUCAAAAAGAUUUAAGUGUGUUAUUCCUGUGAGAUCCACAGAAGAUGAUCUUGAAUUAUUAGAUCUUUCAGCUCCUUUUCUUCUACAAAGGAAUGUAAAAUAUUAUGGGUGCAAGCAGUGUUCAACUCCAAAGCCUAUGAAGAAUCUAAGUUCCAUUGCAGCAGAACAGCAACCAUCAUGGGAACCAACUGAAAUUGCACAAGUUUUAGGUAUUGAACUGCUCCAGUAUGUUUUUAUUAUGAAGUUUACACUGGUUGAUGAAACAGGAGCACUAAAUGCAUACCUUUUUGAUUAUGAGAAGUUUUUCCAAAUUCCUGCCUCUGAAAUCUUAACUAGUAAUUUUCUUCAGCAAAAGAUGCAGAUGACCAUGGAUACACUCUGCCCUCCAGGAAGAAAACUAGGUGACUUGCCGUGGCUGGAGUGCUUCAUCAGGUCCUAUAAUGUCAGAGACGCAAUGAAAAAUCAAGUUUAUUACCAAAUUUUUGACACUACAGUUGCUGAAGAUGUUGUAUAGUCAUGUGUUGCUAAUUGGAAGUAAUCCAGUAAGAAUCAGUUUCUGGGGGGGGCUGGGAUCAGAGAUUGUAUUUAAAAAAAAAAAUAAAAAAUUGUUGUUCCUAUCUUAGGAAUUUAA